CUCUCUCUCUCUCUCUCUGCUUAAUUAAUAUCAUGACCAAACCCCCAAAACCCUCUCUGAAACCACUCUUGUGCUCUCCUCCUUCCUCUCCUUCCUUCUUAUACUGAACAAGCCCUCUCUGUUUCUGAAACCACCGCCAUUACUCUCUCUCUCUCUCUGUGGGUGCAUCAAUGGCGACGAGCAGAGUGCCUUUCACUGAGUCACAGUGGGAAGAGCUUGAACACCAAGCUCUCAUCUUCAAGUACAUAGUCGCUGGUGUUCCUGUUCCUCCUGAUCUUCUCUUCCCCAUCAGAAGAACCUUGAUUUCUUCUUCUUCGCAUUUGUCCUCCAAGUUCUUCUCUCGCGCUGCUGCUCCUCAUUUUUCGUGGUACGUUUACGACAUGGGGUUGGGAAGGAAGAUCGAUCCUGAGCCAGGAAGAUGCAGAAGAACAGACGGAAAAAAAUGGCGGUGCUCGAAAGAAGCCUAUCCAGAUUCCAAGUACUGCGAGAGGCACAUGCACAGAGGCAAGAACCGUUCAAGAAAGCCUGUGGAAUUCUCAAACACUAAUUCUUCUUCUUCUUCUUCUUCAUCGUCGUCAUCCUCUGUUUCUGCAACUUCAUCCACAUUCUCCUUCAACAAUCUCAAAGUCAACACCAAUCUCUCUUCUCUCUGUCUGAACCCUCUCUCUCUCUCCAGACAACAUAACAACGCCCCUCGUGCUCUGUUUCUUGAAUCUUCCGGUUCUUCCUGCCCGUUCACCGCCAACAAUGACCUCAGGGGAAGAAGAAGCGACUACAUGGACGAUUUCUUCUCCAUAGAACCUUCUGGCUCAAUCAAAAGCUUCUCCGGUUCAUCAAUGGAAGACGGGCGAUGGGGAUUCACUCCCCUGACGACAUCAUCGUACUCCCAGAAACAGAGGAACAACAACAACUAUCACUACUCUGUCGAAGGAGCAGCAAAGGAUGAGAAGCCGAGCCGACAGUGCUUCAUCUUAGGCACUGAUAUUGCAACUCAUGAAACGCCAUUGAUGCUGGGGAAGAAGAUGAAGCAGAGUGAAGAUCAUGGAAAUGAAGAAGAAGAAGAAGAAGAAGAAGAAGAGCAAAGGAACAAGAGAGUUCAUAGGUUCCUCGAUGAAUGGCCCUCUUCCAACACUCCAUCUGUUUCUACAUCACUCUUCAUUUGAAGCUUUGGCUUCACACAUUAUUAGAUUGUGGAAAUUUUCAUAUGAUCCUCUCUUGUCAAGAUUUUUGUUGCAAUAGCUUUAGCGUAUGGGUGUGUAUACAUUUGGUAUGAUGUGGGUGAAAAUCUUAUUUAAUCUAAUGUUAUCAGUUACCUUAAAGAAAUC